GCUGUACCAUGUUAGCAGGGGGGUUCUCUUUGUUUUGCUUUCCAUUUCUGCCUGUCUUGUAAAUCUGCCGUUCUCGCUCCCCCCUCUGAGCGCGCAGGGUGGUACAGUCUGGGCCUCGCUGUGUUCCGUUGUUCCCGGGAAGGCGUCCGGUGUCAGCGUGGGGCGCUGCAGCUGUAGAUCAGACUGAAGAUGUCUUCUGCCGCCUUCAUCCUGAGGAAAGUGCGCUGUGUAGAAACGUAGAGGGACACGUCUGGAGCCGUGACGGAGAAUCUGAGACGUCACAAGACUCACAGCCAUGGAGUCGGGAGACCCCGGUGACCUCCAGGAAAGACCCCUGUCUCCUUCCCCAAUAGACCUGGAGGGGGACAGCGACUCUGGGAUAGAGGACGAACCGCACGCAGAGGACAGCGGCUCCACCAUCUUUGUAUCGUUCAGAGGGGACAUCGGAGAUAUAGACUUAAAGUGGAAGCUUGAGAAGAUUUUACACGGGGUCCCCGAUCUGAUCAGCAUGGAGUCCAGCCGUCUGAAGCUGAGGAAGGUGGAGCCGUGGAAUAGCGUCCGGGUCACGUUCAACAUCCCCAGAGAGGCCGCCGAGCGCCUGCGCCUCCUCGCUCAGGGCAACAACCAGCAGCUGCGCGACCUCGGGAUCCUGUCUGUCCAGAUUGAAGGAGAAGGGGCCAUUAACCUUGUGUUACCCCAAAAUCCUGCACAAGAGGUGCGAAUGAACGGGCCGGUGGUGGCGGGAAAUGCCAUGAGGAUCGACCCCGGCUUUGCAGUGCAGAAUCGAGCGGGUCUGGUCAGGAUGAACAACCCGGCAGCUGCCUCCAUGAUGUCCCAGGGGCCCCACGUCUCCUCUGCUAUGAUGGCCGCCCGUGGGAGCGCUGAACUCCAACCAAGGGCUCCCCGGCCUCCUUUACAACAAGAUCUCAUGGAUCCCUUUGUAUCUGGUCUGAACGCUCAGCCGCAGAGUCAUCCCUCGGGGUCCAUGGCUCCUCAGAUGCACCCCAUGCCGGGUGUUGUUACUAACCGGCCGGUCAAUGCCACCAACUUCCAGCAGUUUCAGCAGCAGCAGACCCGCCUGCCCCAACAUCAGCCAGUGUCCCAAGGCCUUCGUCCUGCUUUUGCCACCCCCGCACAAGUCCCUGUGCCCCCGGGCUGGAAUCAGCUGGCAUCAGGAGCUCUGCAGCCUCCUCCAGCCCAAGCAAGUAUGGGGACCGUGGUCUCCAACCAACAGUGGAAGAAAUCUUCUCUGGGCGGAGGUCCAUUACAGCAGCAGCAGCCGUUUCCUCAGAGGCCAUCACUGUCCGCAGGGCAGACACCCUCUCACCCACCACCUCCAUACCCAUUUGGCAGCCAGCAGGCAUCACAAGUUCACUCCAGUUUCCCUUCCAUGGCCAGUUCCAACCAGUUCACCUCACCUCCGGUGAAACCAAUGCAGGGGGCACCUCCGCGGGUGCUCACUCCAUUGCAGCAGCCUCAUCUCUCCAAGUCUCCUGCAUCAUCUCCUUCCUCCUUUCAGCAAAACUCUCCUGCCUCCUCCCCUACAGUGAACCAAACAUCACAGCAGGCCAUGGGACCACGGGCGGGACAGGGCGGCACAUUGCCCCCGGGGUUUCAGCAGCAGCCUGUGAGCUCUCCAGGACGGAGUGGCAUGAUGCCACAGGGAGGCACAGCCGGGAACUUCAUGAUGCAGCAGAACCAGGGUCCACAAAGUAUACACACAGGAGUUCCCAAGCGGCUUCCAUCAGGAUUUCCAGCAGGACAAACAAACACAAAUUUUCUGCAGGGACAAACCCCACCCAGCGCUGCGGGGUCACCGGCCAACACCGCAUCGGCACAGACGAACCCUGCCGGACAGGCCACAGGCGGCGGUCAGACAAAUGGAUCUUCCCACAGUCAAAUGCAAGGAGCCCACGGGGGCCCUAACCUGAUGCAGACCAAUCUGAUCGGACUCCAUAACAACCUGAGUAACCAGCAGCCAAGUGGCGGUGGGGUGAGCCAAGUCGGUAUGGGCGGCCUGCACGGUCAGCCACAACAAGGAGCCCAGAUCCUCAGCAUGCACCAGCAGAUCAUCUCCUCCCAGGGUCAGAUGGUGAAUCUACAAGGACAGACCCCUCUGAACACGCAGGGACAGCUGGUCCUCUCCAGGAACCAGCUCAUGUCACAGGGAAAGAUGUUGGGGGGUCAGGCGCCUCAGAGAAUGACUCCCCCCAAACAAAUGAUUCCACCUCACAACCAGAUGAUGGUGCCCCAGGGGCAAACGGUUAUGCAGCAAAAUACUGUAAUGGAGCAGAUCAUGCAGGGCAAUAAACAGGGAUUCAAUAACCAGAACACAGCCGGCGUGAUGACCGGUCAGAUGGUCAGGGGACAAACCCCCGGUCUGACCAACACCAUGUUACAGUUCUCGGGGCAGGCUGUUUCCCAGCAGGGCGGGGCGGGCGGUAAUCCUUCACAGGGUGUCAAUAUGCAGGGUCAGGUCCUCCGACAGACUGUCCCGGGCCAACAUCUGCAGCAGCCACAUCCUGAAGCCUCCGCUCAGAGCGGUGGUGAUUUGGGGGCCAUGCUGAAUGAAAUCUCUAUGCAUCAACAAGGAAACAUGGCUCCGCAACAUCAACAACACCUGCAGAACAUGCCAGGGAACGGGGGCCCCGGCCAACACUUUUCAGGCCACGGUCUAUCCUUCGCAUCUGCAUUUGGCCAAGGUGGGAAUGGAAACCAGCUGUCCUGUGGCCAGAGCACCGCGUUCCCUGUGAAUAAAGACGUCACCCUGACCAGCCCGCUCCUGGUGAAUCUGCUGCAGAGCGACAUCUCCGCCGGACACUUCGGGAUGAACAACAAACAGAACGCCAAUGCGGCCAAACCCAAGAAGAAGAAGCCGCCGAGGAAGAAGAAGAACCAGCAAGGAGAGGAACAUAUGAACCCCAGCGAGGUUCGUAUGGACGACUCUGAUCAGACCGGGAUGGUGGCGGAGCAGCUGGGAGCCCUGGAGGCCGGACAGAAGCUUUCAGACUUUGUAAAUAGGCCACCAGGUUAUCCAGCGCAGGGGAUUGAGCAGAGACAACUCCAGCAGAUUCCUCCUCAGUUAAUGCAGCUGGGGCAGCAGCAGGGGCAGAGCGUGCAGACGCCUCCGCAACAGAUGAUGAUGAUGUUAAUGAUGCAACAACAACAGCAACAACAACAACAACAACAAGACCAAAAACCAGUGAAGCUUCCUUUACAGCAAAACCUCUUCAACCCCCGGGCAGCUAUGAACCCCGAUGUGCAGCGGAUGCCCAUGCAGCAAGGUGGUAACAUGUCUGUGAUGGUAAAUCUUCAGGGCUCCGGCCCUAUACCACCUUCUCCAGACAAGCAGAGGAUGUCUAUGGUGUCCAACGCAUCAUUAGGAAACAAUGGUAGAAAGAUGGGAUUUCCAGAAAGUGGGCAGAAUCAAGCUGGAUCCCCUCUAAGUGACGGAUCCUCGGCUGCUCCUCUUCCUGACAUUUCUGACCUCCCCACAGGAUCUGGACCCCAGGGCAGCAUGGCCCCACACUUACUUAUCCCUCAGAACCCAAUGAUGAUGUCUGGCACUAAGGCGGGAUCUGCAUCAGCACUGUCUCUGGGCCAAGGAACGAGCCCCCAACAACAGCACACCAACACUAUGGCUGGAUCUCAUGGGCACCAUUACCAAAGUGUUCAGACCCCAUCACAGACAUCAAGGCCUAAAACACCGAACAGAGCCAGCCCCAGACCUUAUUACCCUCAGACCCCCAAUAACCGCCCUCCUAGUACUGAGCCUUCUGAGAUCAGUCUGUCCCCAGAACGGCUGAACGCCUCCAUAGCCGGUCUCUUCCCUCCACAGAUCAAUAUUCCAUUACCUCCCAGACCUACACUGAGUCGAGGAUUUGAUCAGCAAGGUCUGAACCCGACCACCCUGAAGGCUAUAGGACAGGCUCCACUGGGCCUAACAGUGAACAGUCAGCCAUUUGGUUCACAUGCAAAUAAGAUGGAUAACGGUUCCGGAAAACCACCUAAUGCCGGCGGCAACAAGCGAGCGAGCCCGAGCAACAGCAGACGCUCAAGCCCUGCAUCGAGCCGCAAAACUACACCGAGCCCUGGUCGACAGAACGCCAAGACAUCUAAAAUGAUGCUCGGAGGUCCACAGGCCCCUGGUGUCCUACACAGUGUGGAGAUGCAGAGAAACAUAGUGACCGGCCAAGUAUCCAUGCAAAACUCGGUCGUGGGGCCUCCGAUUGGACAAUAUCCUCCUAUAUCUAUACACAGCGCAGCUGUCCUCCCUGAGGAGAUGAAAGAAAACCCAACCGUGACUCCAGAGAGCGAAGCUCCGACCGUUCAGAUGGUUCCUAAAGAACCAGCAGAAUAUAAAGUCGGCGUCCACCAAGACAUGAAGAUGACCUCCCCUGAGGAACCUCCCAAGAAAGACGCGCUAUUCGCAGAUGUCCCCAAGACUAGUGAAGACAUGACUGCCAUUUCUCCAGCCAUGAGAGACGCUCCCACAUCAUUGAGUCAGUUACUGGACCAUUCCGACUCCCCCAAUAUUAAGCCCCCGAAUCCUGCCCCCGAGACCUCCCUGAUGCAGACGCCUACAGAAGAUGUGAAGACAGAGAUGGCUGCCUUACCAGGAGAAGCACUUAAUAAAGAGGCCCACUGUAUCCCCAGCCUGCAGCCAUACACUGAGCCAAACCCUGGGCAGCCCAGAUCAGAUCCCACGGAGCCCAAUCCUAAUGUACAGAUCGGCCUGCCCGUCCCAUCCCUGAAGAGGCCUGCCGCCCCCACACCUGUGUCCAGCACCAUGCCUCCGAGUCAGAUCACCGUCUUUGUCACGUCCAAUCCUAUUACCACAUCUGCGAGUGUGUCGGCCCCGAUGUCUUCUCACCUGCAGCCCACCUUGGUGCCAACCGUGGUCACAAUGCCAAAUGUGGGAAAUAAAGUGAUGGUAUCUGAGGGACAGGCUGCUGUUCAGACAAGUAGUCGCCCGCAGUUUAUCACUCCAGUCUUCUUUAAUUCUUCAUCCAUCAUCCAAGUAAUGAAAGGUUCUCCGCAGAGUAACAUCCCGACCUCCAGCACCAACCUGAUGCCUCAGUCUGUCGCAGUUGUUGGACCUUUACACAUUUCCCAGUUCCCGGGGCCGCCGUCCUCUUCUGCUCCUACCAGUACCAGCUCCGGCCUCCCAGUCUCCCUGCCGGGCCUUGUCAGUUCAGUACAAAGUGCGCCGCAGUUUACUCCUUCCCAGUCACCUCUGCCGCCACCAACGACUCCGAGCGGCUCAGAAGACAUCGGCUCCCAGCUGGGAAAAUCUCCAGACCUGUGUCCUCCUGCCCCGCUACAGCAGACGGCGUCCCCCCCGCGAGACAACCCCCCGGACACACAGUGCGCUGCAGUGCCUUCUGUAGGGAACACCAUAGCAGAGACAGACAGUCAGCUGACCAUAAGCAACACAGAUAUCGCCGGUCCUGAGAGCUCUGAAGGAAAUGGCAUCAGUAUGUCUGGAGGAACCACACCACAAGGCCCGCAGAUUUCUGCUGAGACUAGUAGUUCUUCUGCUCUGUCGCUGGAUCCUGUGUGUCCUAUAGAUAACAAUCCUGACGACCUUCUGACCUAUCCUCCUCCCGAUCCCUUGAUGUUGGCCGAUAAAACCAGCGAAACCACAUUAGUAGAUCGGAUUAGUACGACCUUCGAUGAAACCGUUCCGGAGCAGAUCUUAGAAACAGCUCCUUGUGAGAACACUGAGCAGGAGGAAGGAGCGGUCAGUGAGCAGCAAACUGUCCCCGACACAGUAGAUCCAGAGUCACAAGACACCAUGGAGAGUGAACCAGCGGAGCGGUCGCGGCCCCCGAGCCGGAGAAAUUCCAGAGCUGAGGAGUUUCCUGCUCCCCAAGACACUUCGGAAGGCGGACAGCGAAAGCGUUCAGUGCGCCCCGGCUCAGCGGCUGGUACAAUGAAAGAAUCGGGAUCCAGCCCCCCACAACCCAAACGGAGGAAGUCCAAGUAAAUUUCAUUUUGUUUUUUUGUCUGGAUUUUUCCCCUUUUUCUACAAUUGCGCUGUUGGAUCCGUACGUCGUGAGCCGCGAUAUCUCUAUUUUUGUAUGGACCGGAGGUGAUUGCGCUUUGUGUUUACACCACUAGGGGGCAGUGCUCGGAUAUGGCCGCCUCAGAGCGUCCUAUGUUUUCUCUAUGAAUUCAAUCACACGGGGGCUUCGGUAUAGCGCCACCUAAAGGGGAUCACAGAAUGGCGCCAUAAAUGUGUGAUGGCUGGGCAGCGCCCCUGGUGUAGAUUGUACCUCAUACUCAUCAUGGGAAAACAGCCAAGAUGGCGUAUUUGGGGGGAUCGGGCCUUCCCAGUAGUCAGACCUGAGCAGAUCAGACUUUGUCAUAUGACUGUGGAUCUCCAGUGGUUGGAAUGAUAACUCCCAGCAUGCCUGCUCCAGAGGAUUUACACUCUCCCUGAAAGGUAAAUCAAGGCUUCCCUCUCAUCUCAGCAGCCGUUGGCUGUGCAGGAAGUUGUAGUUUUGUAACAGCUGCAGUUUGGACACAACUACUCUAAGGGAUGAGAUGGGAGAAAAGCCUUGAUUUACCUUUCAAGGACAGUGUGGAUCCUCUGAGGAGGCAGACAGGCUGUUGGCUGUCUAGGCAUGCUGGGAGUUGUAGUUUUGCAACAGCUGGGGGCACACUGUGACAAACACUGACUUGGUCCAUAAUACGUGUCCGAGGCUGUCGCCAAUUUAGCGGGAGUGAGAGCCGCCAUCUUGUGUAUAUAAUGUAGUAUAAACAACUCUUUGUUUUCCGGCAGUGAAGUCGCCCCCUACUGUGUUGUCAGGGUACUGUAUUUAUACUGCGGGGUCUGAUGAAGCCUCCGCCGACGACUGAAAGGUUGUAAAUAAUUUUAACGAAUCUUAUGGUUAAUUUGUUGUAGAAUUCGACCAGUGGAAAAGUUUGUAACAAAUAUCGGAAUGUUUUAAAAUUAAAUGUUUUUUCGUA